AUGAACAAGUUGAUCCUAUCGACACUGGAGGACUACAAGUUGUCUCCCACACAGUCCAUCGGGGCAUUCAAUCGCAUCACUCCAGACUCACCUAAGCGGUUUUCAAAGCAUCAACAUCAAAAACAGCAGCAGCAGCAGUCAAGUAACAACAUCAAAAACGACACCAAACACAACAAUGCCAAAAAUAACAACAGAAACUCAACCAAAAGUUUGCCAGACAGUGAAGAAGACCUGACGAAGUUAUGCAAGAAACUAAAAAAGGUGGACCUCGGAUUGGAUGGCAGAAGUGAACUGAGGAGGAUUUCAACCAUCCUGACUGCUUCCAAGUCGUUCAAAAAGGACAAGAACAAUUUGAGACUGAUCUCCCUUCAAAGAACAUUAAAGGAUAAAGAGCAGCAGCUGUCAACAUUGGAUGAGUUGUUAUCUCUAAAUGUUGUCACAAGUUCAGACCUGCGUACAUUCUGCCAGAAAAACUCUCAAAAACUUCAACACGCUGGCCUCUUGAAUAUUCAUGACGAUGGCGACGAUGACAGUAAAGAUGAUGAAGAUGAUGGUGGCAAUAAAACUAAUGAUGCUGAUGCCAAAAUAUCAGUUUCCGAUGAUUAUGCUGGAAAGAACUGCAGACCAUAUGAAACAACGUUGUUGCUGUGGUCUUUCUUAAACUUUGUCAUUGCGCAAAGACCAGCGCGCCCAUGCUAUCCUGUAUUUACAUUAAACUACAAAGCUCUUCGCUACAAGUUCUCGACAAAUUUUUUAAAUACACUAAUGAUUACUCACGCUGCAAGCCGCCAUGGCAUGGUGCUCCGAAUGUCUGGAAUCCAAACUUUGGGUUAA